AUGGCGCCUCCCUCCUCUUCAUCCGCCCCGCCGCCGCCGCCGCCGUCUUCGUGGGUCAUCCUAGGCAGCAUCGCGCGCAUCUCCGCCGCGGCGGACGGCAGCGACGUCUCCGUCGCGCUCACGGCGCCGCCUCGCGUCUCCAUCCUCACCGUCUCCCCGCGCGUCUUCCCCGAGCCCGCCACGACACACCAUUUCCCGUUCGUCCUCUGCACCGACCCCUCCGGCCUGCUCCUCCUCCAGGCCAACCUGGGCCGCGCCGAGACCCAAGAAACCAUCCAGCGCCGCCGCCACCACUCCACCUUCCUCAAGUACUGGACCUCGCGCUACUUCGUCCUCGACGCCACCACCUCCUCGGCCUUCCAGCUCCCCGACCCGGAGCCAGCCUACGCCAUCCACCACCAGGCCCAGCUCGGCCUCGUCCUCUCCCCGACCGGCGACGGCCACUACAUGGUCGCCGAGUUCCAGCAGAUCAUCGGCUGCGAGAAGGCCACGCUCCUCUGCUUCUCCUCCGAGCGCGGGGAGUGGUUCGAGAAGAAGGUCGAUUACCCGGUCAAGGCCCGCCCGUGGACUGGCAUCGGCGUCGUCUCGCACCUCGGGAGGCUCUGGUGGAUCGACCUCUCCUGGGGCGUCAUCAACUUCGACCCCUUCACCAACAGGCCCGACCUCGGCCUCGUGCCCUUCCCGCCGGGAACGGUGCUGGACUGCAGGGAGGGCUGGGGAGUCACCGACAAGUACCGGUACGUGGGUGUCAGCGCCGGCAAGCUGCGCUUCGUGGACACGUACACUCGCGGCGCCGCCACUCCCAAGGUCUCCGUCUGGACGCUCGCCGAUCCGGACUCCACGGAGUGGACGCUGGAGCACGAGGCGACGUUUACUGAGAUCUGGGAUGACAAAACCUACAAGGCCACCAGGAUGCCCAAGAAGAUUCCCGUGCUUGCGCUCAUCCACCCCAAGAACCCCCGCGUCGUCUACUUUGUCCUGGACAAGAACAUCUUCGGCGUCGACGUGCGGACGCGCAAGGUUGUGGAAUGCAAGGUGUAUGGCCUAGUUGCGCCGCCGAGCUGCCACAUGGCCAGCCGCUUCCUUCGCGCUUGGGAGUUGCCGCACCCGCUCCCCUCUGGAAUGAAUAAGUGGUGUAAGGGCAUCAACGCGGCUGAAAAAGCUAAAGGACGACUAUCCCAUCCAUCGCCAGGGGACUACCACUUGGUGGGAAUGACAAUGCAGACUUUCAUAGGAUGAACUGAUGGAGGAACAUGAAGCAAGUCUUUCUGUCUAACAGUCUUCUUGGUGUAGUGCUCAGUUCAAGUUAUGUCGAGUCCUGGUUAAUUACCUGCAAGUUUAGGCAUCUUCGCGCAAAGUAUCUUAAGUUGUCUCCUUUUUUGGUCUAUCAGAAUCAGAUGGUGAAACGCUGCUGGAACACUAUCGGCUAUAAAUUCUUAGUUGAACUAUCUCGUACUGUUUCUUUUAAUGGUUGAUUUCAGUGCCGGCCGCAGGCCUCUGAAUCCAGACAUCUUAACUCGAUGCUUCACUGAGUUUUGUCAGUGAUGUACUGAUGUUCCAGUGACACUG